GUGUAUCACGUGAAGGUGAUCCAACAUGGCGACCUCUACGAUGGCAGUACGGCUUCUGAAGUCAUCAUGUUGCAGAUCCAUGUUUCGUCGGAAUUUCAGUAAAACCACAGUCAGACCAGGAACACAGAUGACAGUGAGAGAUGCCCUAAACUCUGCUAUUGAUGAGGAAAUUCAGAAGGAUGACUCUGUGUUUGUGCUUGGUGAGGAGGUGGCCGAAUAUGAUGGAGCUUACAAAGUCACCAAGAAUCUGUGGAAAAAAUAUGGAGACUCUCGUGUUAUAGAUACUCCUAUCACAGAGAUGGGAUUUGCUGGUAUUGCAGUAGGAGCUGCUAUGAAUGGACUAAAACCUAUAUGUGAGUUCAUGACUUUCAACUUCUCCAUGCAAGCUAUUGAUCAGAUUAUCAACUCUGCAGCGAAAACCCACUACAUGUCAGCUGGGGGCGUUCCUGUCCCAAUUGUGUUUCGCGGACCUAACGGAGCUGCUGCCGGUGUUGGUGCCCAACAUUCACAGUGCUUUGGUGCCUGGUACAGUAGCUGUCCUGGACUCAAAGUUAUCUCCCCUUACUCCUCAGAAGACUGUAAAGGACUGUUAAAGGCCUCCAUCAGGGAUCCCAACCCAGUUGUCUUCUUGGAAAAUGAACUUUUGUAUGGUACCGCCUUUGAAAUGUCCGAUGAAGCAUUAUCUGAUGAAUUUGUGCUUCCUAUUGGCAAGGCUAAAAUUGAACGAGAAGGUAAACACGUCUCCUUGGUAACCCAUUCCAAGUAUGUAGGACUUUGUCUGGAUGCUGCCAAAGAGUUGGAAGGUCAAGGGGUCGAGUGUGAGGUGAUCAAUCUGAGAACGCUACGUCCAAUGGAUACUCAGGCAAUUAUAAAAUCUGUGAUGAAGACCAACCACUGUAUAACAGUAGAAGGAGGAUGGCCGCAGUGUGGCAUCGGCUCGGAAAUCUGUGCCACAAUCGUGGAGAGUCCUGCCUUCAACUAUCUGGACGCCCCUAUACUACGUGUGACGGGAGCAGAUGUACCCAUGCCCUACGCCAAAUCCCUCGAGGCUGCUGCUCUACCAGAGAUACAAAAUGUCAUCAAAUGUGUUAAAAAAGUGCUGAAUAUUCCUUGAUAUUCAUUUCUGGACAAUUGACAAUUUUAAGUAUUUGAAGAGACUACUGUAAUAUGAAUUUCUGUAGAUACAAGUGCUGGGCUGUUAUCAACCUUUUAAAAUGUAAAAUAAAAAAAAAAAACUAUUACAUGGAAUUUGUGAAAGCAAAAAGUUUGCAUUUAAGGUUAUUGGUAGUGUAACAUUUCGGAGACAAGCUGGGAUUAUUUAAAGGGAUGUAUACAAAUACAAAUGUAUUUUCAUUAACACACAGUGCAAUGAUCAAAAUUAUUUACAUAUCAUUAAACUUAUGAUGGUAGUUAUAAUUAUCCAAUUAACUCUCUAAGACAGUUCUAGUGACUGCCGUUGUUAAGGUCAGUGAAGAAGUUGUACCAACAAGACACAGAAAUUCAGUAAAACUUCUUUAUACUGCCAAUAACUGUCCAGUGAAAUGUUGGUGUUAUUAAGAGAUUUGUCGAUACACUGGCUGUGACAUCUAAAGGAAUCGUUGAGAAAAUUGGAACUUGGGAAAAUAUGUUGACUGUUUGUGAGACGAUAAAAGAAAUCAGGGGCAGUAAUUGAUAACGAGGAUUUAUUGUUAUUAUUGCAUAACAAUAGGCAUAUCCUUGUUAAUAGUAGCCUCAUGUUAACCUGAAAAUUAUAUUUCCACAUUAAGGUUGGUAGAUAUUUAUCCUUAAUUAUUAACAUUUUAAUAUAUGUGUGGUUUUUUCUUCGUCUAAAUUUUGCUGGUAGCAUGAUUUAGUUUUUUCUCAAGAUUAAAGUUUUUGUUUUUUUAUCUGAAAGUGUUUUUUUCCAAAAAAUUCUGGCAGCAUGAAUAAGAUUUUUUUUCCUAGAUUAAACUUUUAUAUUUAUCUCAAGUUUUAGAAAAUGUUUCACUGCACUAAUAACAGACUACACUGCUUCCAAUUGUGUUUACAUUUAUCAAACUCAAAACAAAGUUAACAAAACAAAUGUAUAAAAUCACUUUGUACACAGUUUCUAUAUAUAAACAGUGAAUGUAGUGGGAUAUACCAGCUAAGAUCUCAUUUUCUUUCAAAUUACCAGUAGAGGUAUCCAAAAGAAUCUCAGAUUGCUUGUCAAACUGGAUACACAAUUUCCAAAAGCCCAAGACUUUUGUUGAUUCAGAUGGACACAUUAUUAUUUCCGAUGUACUAUACUCCGAUAUUUAUGUAUUGAUUUCCACCCCAAGUGAUGUUAGUUUAAUAUAUCGAUUCAGAUACAUAUGAUAGUUGGGUGUAUGUAUUUAUUUGUUUGUGUACUUCCUAUAGCAGAGGUAUAAUAAUGCUUUUUUGUUGCCUUUGAAAUGUAUAGAUUGCAAUUAUAUUACAGCGCUUUUUGCGUGUUAUUUUUUUGUCCAGAGAAUGUAAUGUUUUCUUGGCAACAUUAAAUCUCAGAAUACUCGGAAGUCAUUGGUGACAACCUAGUAUAUACGUAGUUGCUUUGUAUACCUUUGCUUUGAAAUGAGAAAAUCGUUACCGGUAGAUAUUUAUGUAUAUCAUUUCAUAUACAUUGAUACAAUGUACCAGACAUCUUUUUCAUUUAACAAAAAGAAUACCAACGAUACCAUACAGUAUUUAAAAAAUAUCAAAAUUACUGUGUACAAUACGCUGUAAAAAAUCACAUUGAAACCAGUGAGGAACAUCAGAUUUGGUAAUGAGCAAGGUAAGAACAAUGUGUUUUAGCCAUUUGUUUUAUGUGUAAGUUUUGUUUUAUUUAUCCGUUUAAGUUUUCAACAUCAUAAAAUGAAUAUUUUAGAAACCAAAAAGUCAUUCAAGAAUUUCUUUUGUUUCAUUAUAUUUUUGUGCAUAGUGCCCUCGUAGUCACUUUGGUUAUAAGGUUGUAUUAAAAUUUAAUGUAAAAACCCAGUAAAACUUUUUAAUAGAAUGUCUGAUUAGUAAAACGUUAUAACAGUG